AUGAUGUGGCAGCCUGUUUCCUGGAAGCACCGGUUACCGCAAUCGGAAACAUGCAUAGUGGGCCCGGAGAAGGCGGCAUUACCGACUGCAGAGUGUUCGACAGCUGUCGAAACAUUCACUGCCCUCAACAACAUUUGCAACUACGACAUGUGCAACAUCGGCUACACAGCCACGAAGGGGUGUAGAGGAUUUUUGAGCCUGGUAUUGGGUGACAUCACAGCAUCUUCUUUUGGGGCGAGUAUGGCUUGUGGCUCACUGCUAGCGACACGUCUGGCCGCAGGGUACCGGCGCAACACUCGUCCGAUUAUGCGGCAUAUUUGGAAACAGUGUUCGCCCAAAGGCAUGCUUCAUUGGUUCCCGCCCAAGCCGCCUGAGCUGGCGGUAAUUUUCGAAGACAUGUUCUUCAAGUCGACGAUCGAGAAGCGAGGACCCCUCGGAGGCCAAAGAUGA